UUCUCGUUCUCUUUUCAUCUCCAUUAACACGAACGAAAUAAGCUAUGCGUUUCACGACGUUUGUCCUGGAUCGCACCUCCCAGGCCCUUGGCCGUGGUCCGUCGAUCUCCAAGCUCGUUGUUCUCUUCGCCGUCAGUAGCGGGGGUCUUGUGGCAUAUGCUGAUUCUAGGUUGGACAAUGGGGUUGAAAUACCCCAAGGACCUCCCAAGAAGAAAGUGGUUGUCCUUGGAACUGGUUGGGCUGGCACUAGUUUUCUGAAGAAUCUGGAUACCUCUUUGUAUGAUGUACAGGUGGUAUCACCUAGAAACUAUUUUGCUUUUACCCCUUUGCUGCCAAGCGUUACCUGUGGAACAGUAGAAGCUCGUAGCAUUGUUGAGCCAAUCCGGAAUAUUGUGAAAAAGAAAGAUGGACAAGUAAAAUUUUGGGAGGCUGAGUGCUUCAAGAUUGAUCCAGCAAACAAGAAAGUUCUUUGCCGGUCAAACAUCGGGACAAACUUAGAUGGCAAUGGUGAAUUUGCAGUUGAGUAUGAUUACUUGGUGGUUGCACUGGGAGCCAAGUCAAACACAUUUAACACACCUGGUGUCGAGGAGAAUUGCCAUUUUCUCAAGGAAAUAGAGGAUGCCCAAAAGAUCCGCAGGAGCGUCAUGGACUGUUUUGAAAGGGCCUGCCUUCCAAACCUCAGUGAUGAAGAGAGGGAGAAGAAUCUUCAUUUUGUUGUUGUAGGUGGUGGUCCAACCGGUGUUGAAUUUGCUGCAGAAUUGCAUGACUAUGUCUCUGAAGACUUGGCAAAGUUAUAUCCUAAUGUUAAGGAUCUAGUGAAGAUAUCAGUAAUCGAGGCUGGGGAGCAUAUAUUGACCAUGUUUGACAAGAGGAUCACAAAAUUUGCUGAAGACAAAUUCCAGAGAGAUGGCAUUAACGUGAAAACUAAUUUCAAGGUUGUGAAGGUGUCCAAUAAAGCCAUCACGAUGACCAAUCCGUCUACUGGAGAGGUUUCUGUACCAUAUGGAAUGGCUGUUUGGUCUACUGGUAUUGGCACACGUCCUGUCAUGAUGGACUUAAUGAAGGAAGUUGGUCAGGCUGGUAGGCGUGUACUAGGGACUGACGAAUGGCUUAGAGUGCUUGGGACUAAUAAUGUGUAUGCCCUUGGUGAUUGUGCCACAAUAAGCCAGAGAAAAGUCAUGGAAGAUGUCUCUGCUAUAUUUAAGGUUGCAGACAAAGACAACUCUGGAACUCUGACAGUGAAAGAAAUCAAGGAGGUUCUUGAUGACAUCUGCGUUAGAUAUCCUCAGGUGGAACUCUAUUUGAAAACUAAGCAGAUGACGGACUUCUCAUAUUUACUUAAAGAUUCCACUGGAAAUGUCAAUGAAGAUUCUAUUGAAUUGAAUAUAGAAGAGUUUAAGAAAGCCCUUGCCAACGUGGAUUCACAGGUCAAGAAUCUUCCUGCAACAGCACAGGUUGCUGCACAACAAGGUGAAUAUCUUGCUCGGUGCUUCAACAGAAUGAAGCAAUGUGAAGAAAAACCUGAAGGUCCCCGCCGAAUCAGAGAACCAGGCCGACAUCGCUUCCGCCCUUUCAGGUAUAGGCAUCUUGGGCAAUUUGCUCCAUUGGGAGGAGAGCAAACGGCAGCCCAAUUGCCUGGAGAUUGGAUCUCAAUUGGCCACAGUACCCAGUGGCUUUGGUAUUCAGUAUAUGCAAGCAAGCAAGUCAGUUGGCGCACGAGGAUGCUGGUGGUAUCUGACUGGACAAGGCGAUUCAUCUUUGGAAGGGACUCGAGUUGCAUCUGAGUCCUGUAGAGGAACAAAUCAUGCAUUAACUUUGUCCUGUUUCCCUACCAUAUUCUUUUCCGGCAACAACGUCUAUUUGUUUACUAUGACAAGUUUAAAUUUCUUGUCAAUUUUUUGAGUACCACUGUCUAUGAAUGAAUUCAUUGUAAUAAAUGUGCGAGUAUUGGCAGUUUGCUUUGUACCGUGACUUGAA